GCCAGAAUCAACCCCGAUCUUAGCGCUUACGGUCCGAACCAUCGGCGGAUCGGCAUCCCGUUCUGCCCGACAGUCCAUAAAAACCAGCGGCCAGCCUUAUCUACCUUGACAAUCUCCAACGCUGUUCACUAUCUUGGUAGAUCCCCGGCAGCAAAAAUGAACAUCCCCCUCACCACCCCCGAAGUCCCCCCUCAAUUCCUCAAACCCGCCUUCCUAGUCGGCCACAUCCCGCAGCGCACUCUCGCCGCGGACCCCCGCGUCUCCUACGCCCUAUACAUCCCACCCGCGCACUACAACCCCGAUCCCAACCGCUCCACCACCACCACCGCCCCCUACAACAACCCCAAACUCCCCCUCCUGGUCACCAUCCACGGCACCAGCCGCAACCCCACCCCCCUCCGCACCACCCUCCCCCCCUUCGCCAACUCCACUCCCUGCGCCAUCCUGGCCCCUCUCUUCCCCGCCAACAUCGACGGCCCCAACGACCUCGACUCCUACAAGCUCCUCCGCUCCAGGACCCUCCGCUCGGACCUAGCCCUCCUCUCCAUCCUCGACGAAAUCGCCACCGUCUGGCCCGGUCUCGACACCGAAAAGAUCUACCUAAUGGGAUUCUCCGGCGGGGGGCAAUUCGCGCAUCGGUUUCUGUAUAUCCACCCGGAACGAUUAAUGGCUGUGAGUGUGGGGGCACCGGGACGGGUGACGAUGUUGGAUGAGGCGGGGAAGUGGCCGGGUGGGGUGGGGGAUGUGGAGGGGGUUUUUGGGAAGGGGGUGAGGAGGGAUUUGAUUCGCCAGG